GAACUAAGGAAUGUGUCAAAACUGCAGGGUUCUUUCUCCAAAACUCCUAUGAUGUAAGCAUAAAGUUAGGUAGAAUAACGUCCCUAGAGAGGUAAGGAUUAUCCAAUCUUGUAGCUCUCCUUGAACAAAUUCAACUUUACAGUUUAUUUGCGGAUACAAGUACCCAGUAUGUGUACAAAUGGUUGCUUCUGCUCACUGUGAAGCAAUGAGUUUCAUCCAAUGUUCAGAUGUUGGAAAUCCUCAAGCUCAAGGAAGAUGUUGCCAGUGCUUGGAUGCUAGCCCCGCUCAGAAACAUACAGAAGAAUUACGAUAGGGAGAAUAUGGAUUGCUUUGGUUCUUGCUGGAACUUUUGGCCUAAAGUAGACAGCAGGCGGCCGAGGAGACAGUUGCUCUCUGUUUACGCCUUUUGGAUGAGUUUCUCUCAUCCAGUCCAGACAUUCAUUCGGCUGUGAUACCAGAGGGAAGACCCAACUGCCAAGCAAACAGUUUUUAUUGCUGCCAGUGAAAAAAAAAAAGUAAUAUAGCAUUUGAAAGUUCCAAAUGAUAUUUUAGGGAGCUGAAGAUGACUUAUCCAUUCCCUAACAAGUGGUCCUCCAGUUUUAAGCUGCCAAACAUGCAUUAUAUCUUUCCCCCCAAACGUUCUCCAGAUUUGCAUUCCAACAACAACAAACAAAACAGCACACAGAAAAAUGCCAACAACAACAGACCGCCAGUGAGAUGUUGAAAACUGGAGAAGCAUAAGGUUACAUUAACUAGAAGUGAAUGGAGGCCUGAAGGAUUUAAGAUUGAGAUUUACAAACUGGAAACUGAUUGUACGUAGUUUAACAACAAUGGUAUUCUCAACUGUCACGAACAAAUCUCCCCUCUUGUCUACUUCAAAUUUCUUGUUUAGCAUAUUUAGAGUAUAAUGGUAUUAGCAGGAUAUAGCAAUGUAGACAUUAAUUAGGCAAGUUGCCUGGGAUCUUUAAUUUCUCUUAGCAGAAACCCAACAGCAAACCAAAGUUAUUACAUGAUGCCACAAUCCUGUUAAGCGUUGGAGGUAAAAAAGAAGAUAGAUUAUCUCAAAUACAAGUAUAACAGGACC